CCUCCUUGGAAGAAAGCUCCUCAUAUGUUAUGUCCCAUUGAGAUUUAGAGAAGGGGGAGUGAGAGAAGAGAGGGACUGGGAGUGUUGUGUGAAAAGAGUGCAGGCCAACGAGCGAGACAAAAGAGGCUGUGGCUGCAUUGAAUGUGCCGGCGGUGUGUCCGUCUCUGAAGCCACAAGCUAACCACAUUUUCCCCCCCAUCUCAUUGGCCUUUAUGCUACACAAGGCGAGGAAAAUCGGAGAGGGAAACCAUUUGCGAUAUUAUAAUCGCAGGAAUCGCGAAGUUGAGGACUUGGAAAGAAAGCCUCCUUCCUCGGACCGGGUGUUUCUCCUCUCCUCUCCCCGUCCUUACUACACGUCGAGCGCGGUGCGGUUUGGGGCUGGAGAUAUCACCCAGAACAAAGGAGUCUUGAAGCAAGGAAUGAGCGUACCGAGACUCGCUUUGCCAUUACCUUUGAAAGCGGGCCAAAUGCCUCUCUGAGACCAACAAUAGUACAUUGGCUGCUCGUAUUUUUCGACGAAGCUUUCCGGCCCAAAGGGGAGAAAGAAGAAGGACAAAAAAAAAACGUACACGGAGACACACAAGUCGGCGGCUACAAUGUUUCCUCAAAACCGACCACCGGCGCCUCUUCAGCCACCUCCGGGUUCCUCCGCUUCAGUGGUGGCAGCCGCAGCAGCAGCAGCUGCAGCAGCAUCGGGGGCACCUCAGUCACUGAAACUUACCUACCCAGAAACUCUGGACCGCAUCAAGGAGGAGUUUCAGUUCCUACAGACCCAGUAUCACAGUUUGAAAAUGGAAUGUGAAAAACUGGCUACAGAGAAGACAGAGAUCCAGAGACACUACGUUAUGUAUUAUGAGAUGUCCUACGGCCUUAACAUUGAAAUGCACAAACAGACAGAGAUUGCCAAGCGGCUGAAUGUGAUCUGUGCUCAGCUCAUCCCAUUCCUGUCGCAAGAGCACCAACAACAAGUGGUCCAGGCCAUGGAGCGCGCCAAACAGGUGACCAUGGGGGAGCUAAAUGCUUCGAUAGGGCAACAGCUUCAGGCCCAGCACCUCUCCCAGCAUGUCCAGGGUUUGCCAAUUGGACCACACCCAUCUGGACUGCCCCACCCCGGCCUGGCGCUGGGUGGAGGAUCCGGUCUGCUGGCCCUGUCGGGGGCUCUGGGGGCCCAGCUGGCUGCCAAGGAUGAGCGAGCUCACCUAGAGGCAGCAGCCGCUGCUGCUGCCGCCGCUGAACACCACAGAGACCGUGAAGCUGGACCAAGCUCUCUGUCCAACGGGGAUAAGGGCCGCUCGGCAGACUACCUCAGCAAUGGCAAGAAGAGGAAAGCUGAUGAGAAGGAGUUCAUGACGGACUAUGGCAGCGAUGCAGAUAAGAGUGAUGAUAAUUUGGUGGUGGAUGAGGACCCGUCGUCCCCUCGCAGUGUGCAGUCCUACUCUUCCAGGGAGAACGGCCUUGACAAGAUGCCCCAGUCCCGAAAGGAAGGCCCACCUCAGGCCAGCCCCACCUCCCUGGCCUCCUCCAGCAGCGCCACCUCGCCAUCUCGUGGCAAAGAGCCCCCACAGAGGGAGAAGUCCAGCACUCCAGGUAUGAAACCAGGGACCCCCAUGUCUCAGGAGUCCAACACUCCAGGACCCAGCGGACCACCGCAAUUCAGACCUAUCCCAGGCAAACCAGGUGUAGAUCUCGCUCUGGGUCUAAGGAACCCCCUGGCGGUUCAGGGAGCGUACCCCCCAGGUGCCUUUGGUCUGCCUCCCCCAGGAGUGAAUGGGGACCUGCCUGGGGCAGCGGGUUAUGGUGCUGGUCUUCACUUGGUUUCCCCCCAGAUGAACGGAGCGGCGGUGGCGGCGGCCGCUGCGGCAGGUUACGGACGAUCCCCUGUGGUGGGUUAUGAAUCUCCCCACCCUCACAUGAGGGUCCCUGGGCUUCCUGCCAGCCUUCAGUCAGCUGCCUCCGGAAAACCUGCCUAUUCGUUCCAUGUGAGCGCAGAUGGACAGAUGCAGCCGGUGCCCUUUCCUCCUGACGCCCUGCUGGGCCCAGGAAUCCCUCGCCACGCCCGUCAGAUCCACACCCUGAACCACGGAGAGGUGGUGUGCGCCGUCACCAUCAGCACCUCGACGCGUCAUGUCUACACCGGAGGUAAAGGCUGCGUCAAGGUGUGGGACAUUAGCCAGCCGGGAACCAAGAGCCCCAUGGCCCAGCUGGACUGUCUGAACAGGGAUAACUACAUCCGCUCCUGCAAACUGCUAUCAGACGGACGGACCUUGAUUGUCGGUGGGGAGGCCAGCACCCUGUCAAUCUGGGAUUUGGCCACGCCCACUCCUCGCAUCAAGGCGGAGCUGACGUCAUCUGCACCCGCUUGUUACGCUCUGGCUAUCUCCCCCGACAACAAGGUGUGCUUCUCCUGCUGCAGUGACGGCAACAUCGUGGUCUGGGACCUUCACAACCAGACUCUGGUCAGGCAGUUCCAGGGCCACACAGACGGAGCGAGCUGCAUCGACAUCUCUAAUGACGGCACCAAACUGUGGACGGGAGGGCUGGACAACACGGUGCGCUGCUGGGACCUCCGAGAGGGACGCCAGCUUCAGCAGCACGACUUCACCUCACAGAUCUUCUCUCUGGGUUACUGUCCGACAGGAGAGUGGUUGGCUGUGGGAAUGGAGAGCAGUAACGUGGAAGUGCUUCACGUCUCCAAACCAGACAAGUACCAGCUGCACCUCCAUGAGAGCUGUGUUCUGUCUCUCAAGUUUGCUUACUGUGGUAAAUGGUUUGUGAGCACGGGCAAAGAUAACCUCCUGAAUGCAUGGCGGACACCCUAUGGAUCCAGCAUAUUCCAGUCUAAGGAGUCUUCAUCGGUCCUCAGCUGUGAUAUCUCCCCUGAUGAUCAGUUCAUUGUCACCGGCUCUGGUGACAAAAAGGCCACCGUCUAUGAAGUCAUCUACUGAGCUCUGACCGGCAGAAACAAAACAAACUAAUAACAAGGGGGCGGGGCUGAGACUCCCCACCUGCACCUAUGACUGUACAGAGCAUCUGUGGCAUCGAAAAACACGAGAGAAUCGAUUCCUACUUUGUUGUUUUGUUUAAGUUUGUGAAAGAAAUGAGAGCGAAAGAGGAGCAAGGGGGGCACAAAGUCACAUCUCUGGAAAAAGAAACUCUGAACUUUGUUUUUAAUGAUCUGAGAAUGCUGGUUAGUCUAUAGCUGGGCAAUUGCGGAUUCCUCCAAAGAAAUUUUGUUUUUGUUCCUUUUUUUUGACAAAAUAAAACCUCUGUAGUGAACAUGAAAUUAGCAAAAAUACCCAUAUUUUUUUAGUCUUCGAAUUUUUUCCCAAACAGUUGGACUGCAUCGAGUGGAAAAAGACCAGAUGUGGGACAGAGGAAGUGAGCGAAGGAUUGAAGCAGGGCUGGAAACAUUAAGUGGAAAUAUACGCUCAAUAUUCUGUGCUGUGUAAAAGUCCCAGCCUGUGUCAGUCUGGCCUGGUUUGGCCUGGUGCGGUCCAGCUCAGGCCCCAGCACGUGGCUGCUCCUCUGGGCAGCAGAUGUGUGGCAGAUGGCAGGAUGCUGUGCUGUGCUGUGCUGUGAAGUUCCAGCUCCUUCUUUUCCUCUUGGUUACAUUUCAGCAGCGACAUGAUUGUAUCAUCUCCAAUUCAUACACAACAGAACAGGGCUCGCUUUUCUCCAAAGUGUCCUAACAGUUUUCCUUUGUUCCUUUCUUUAAUUUGUUUGUCUUUGAAAUUAACAAAGCUGGACUUACUCUGAAGAUGCUUUUGGAGAAACCAACCUGGACCACAAUAACCAUAACCCAAAGGACAGAAAACUGAACUCAGUCCAAACAGCUCUCACCAGAUUUUCUCUGGACGUGGCCUCAUCAUCAUCAUCAUCCUUAACACUCUGCAUCAAAGGUGUUUUUCUUUUGUAUUUGCUAGGGCACAUAUGGGCAGACAUUUUUUUUUUCACAGCUGCAUCAUGAACCUUGAACCUUGCUAUAUAUGGACAUGUAAAUAAAGUUCUCUAAAGGCAACAAA